AUGGCCGAAACCACCAGCGGUGAUGCGAGCGCCAGCAGUCUGCCGGAGCAGUCCGAGAUGGUGUCAGUACUAGUUUCGGGUGAGCAAGGUACGAAUGAGCAAGAUGUGGAUGAGCCAGCUACCGAUGACCAAGGUACCGGUGAGCAAGGUACGGAUGAGUCGGAGACACAGGAGUACGUAUACGACUACCUGGUCAGCCAAUUCGGAAUCGAGGAUAUCGACCGGUACAACAAGGGCGGGUUCUAUCCAGUACACAUUGCGGACAUCCUAGACGACAGGUGGGAAGUCAACCACAAACUGGGAAGUGGUGGCUUCGGGACUGUCUGGUUAUGUAGAGACCUGAAAGAAGCGAAAUGGAGGGCAGUCAACGUCAUGGCAGCCGAUCACUCUUCCAGUGGAAAAGAAGCCGAGAUACUGCAGCAUCUAGCUCAAGAGUCGACUCCGGAAGAGCUCGACGCGAACUACAUCGCAGCCCCUCUGGAGCAAUUUUGGCUUGAGAGCGUGAAUGGGCGCCAUCUGUGUCUCGUGAUGCCAGUCUUUGGCUACACGGUGGACGAUUGGCCUCGUGGGCAAGAUAAUCAAUCGGAGGAGACAGGUCUUGCAGCGAGUGAGAUCUGCAGCCAAGUCGCCAAGGCUCUACGCUUCCUUCAUGCAAAGGGGGACGCGCUUCAUAAGCUCGACGAAGACCAGCUCCACGAGCUGAUGGGAGUUCCGCAAGCAUAUCCCGUCGAGACAAAGUCUGGAGUAGAUCCACGUCCCAUUGCCCCCGACUACUGCAUACAUCCCCCAAAAGGGAAGUGGUGUAAGGAGCUGCUCACCAACGACAUCGUCAUUGUCGACUUCGGCGAAUCUUUCUUGACACGGAAUCCGCCUGAAACAAAUGGGAUCCCAACGUCAUACGCAGCUCCUGAGAUUUUGUUUGCAGAACCGGGACCCGAAAGUGACAUCUGGUCUCUGGCAUGUAUAUUUCAUGAGAUCCGAAGUGGAAAACAACUGUUUGGGGCUAGCUUUGAAGGUUCAAGCUUAUCAAGAGUCGUCUACGAGAUAGAGGUUCUCCUGGGGGAGUUACCGAACCCUUAUCGAGCUGUGCGGGACAGAGAGGGCUUCGAAGGCCCGCGGCACAUUUCGGUACUUGUGGAAGACGAGGACCAAAAGUCACUCAGAGCAGCAACCUGUUCCCGUGGUACUCUCCAACGUGCAAAGGGUGAUAGCAUCUGCGAAACGUCCUACACGGAUGUUUUUGAAGCGUACUUGGGCAAAGAGCGAGAGCUGUAUCUUCCCAGUGAAAAUUGA